GUCUCGGCCACGGGCUGCGUGGGCCUGACGCCAGCUCGCUCAGGCGGCCGGCCGCUCACUUCCGCUUCCGGGUGAAAGGGCGGGCCGGGGCCUGCUGGCGGGGUGGUGGUUGUUAGGAGCCGCGGUUGCUAGGGGUGGCCUAGGACGGACGUGGGGCAGCAGCAUGGCGGGGAGCCGGCUGGAGAAGCUGGGGACUGUGUUCACGCGGACACGGGAUCUGCUGCGGUCCAGGGUGCUGGCUGAGGCGCAGAAGCCCUUGUGGUUUGAUGUGUAUGCCGCUUUCCCUCCGCUGAGGGAGCCCAUCUACCGGGAGUCCCGUCAGCGCUAUGGCAAAGUGAAGGAUGUUAUCCCUCCCCUUCUGUACCAAGAGGAUGAGAUCCGAGCGACAUUUUAUGAAGCAUAUGGGAAUGGUCCAAAAGCCUUUGAACUGUCACGAUUAAACUUUAAAUCCACCUGCCAGAGGUUUGUUGAGAAAUUCAAUGAACUGCAAAAAGAAGGAAAAAUUGAGCCGGAAAAAUUGUUUGAAGAAACAGGAAGGCAGCUUUUAGCAGAGGGGAUCAUUCUACGAAGAAAAGGAACAGCAAAUGUAGCACAACAGACUCUUCAAGAGGCCAAAACCAGGGAUCUUCUGUUAGAAAUGAAUCUUCAAACCACGUUGGAGGAGAGACAGGAACAGAAGCAAGACCAGGAGGAGGACCAUCUCGAAUCAACAGACAUGCAGAAGGAAAAUCCCUUGUCCUAACAGUUCUACGUUUCUCAGCUCUAUUGUCUUGGCAUGUGUUGUAACGUUUAUGGCCUCUGACGUUCAGAAGUUCAAUGGUCCAAACUGUACAGACUCUUUGACGACAAGCUAUUUGCUCAAGGGGGCAUGGUUUAGUUGUUGUUGCCUGUUAUCCUGUGCAGGACACUUAACUCUUCUGCCUCAAUUUCCACAUUUGUCAAGUGAGAAUAAUUCUUUACAUUAUAAAGACGUUAAGGAUUAUUUUCCUGAAUUGUGCUCUGAGAUGAAAAAUGUAUUGGAGAUAAUAAUGGCUUAGACAAUUAAACAUACACCCUCCUCAA